ACUAACAAUAUGAUCACAUUCCAAUCAAAAUCAGAUGUUGUAAACAGUAAUUCUUUAACAAUAUCAAUUAAAUCAUCAAAAUCAUUAUCGGUUAAAUCGACAAACAAAAAGAACCAAAUACAAUCAAACAUGAAACUAAAGUCAGAUGUUGAUCAUUUGACCUCUGUAAAAAGUAUGCCUAAUUCAUCUCUUCUAGGCUUUGAUACCUCAUCGACAUCAAUCAAUCAACAGCUCUGUCGUUUACCAAGUCGUAAUAGUUUUUUCAAAGAUUCUGUCAUAUCCAG